AUGGCUUCUGUUCGGUUGUCCAGGUCUCAGAGAUUCUUCAUGAACUUAUCGCUGAUCCUCCUGAGUGGAUCCGUCUCUCUGCUCCUGUGGAUCGUUCUCAGACACCCGCCGGGCUCUGACAGGAGUCCCCUCCCCGCUCUGGACCUCCUGCCCCUGGACUACGCUGCCGACCUGCCGGCCUGCUCAGCCAUCAUCCAGGGAGACCUGGAGGGUCUGGAGAGGGAGCAGCUCAGCCUCCUGCUGAAGACUAUGAAGAAACAGCAGCUGCUGUCAGAGGCGUUCUACCACAACGUGACUCAGGACUGUCAGAGGUACGUUACAGAAAGAGAGUUCAUCACCGUUCCUCUCAGUCAGGAGGAGAAGGAGUUCCCCGUCGCCUACUCCAUGGUCAUCAAUGACAAGAUCGAGAUGUUUGAGCGGCUCCUACGUGCCGUGUACACUCCUCAGAACGUGUACUGCGUUCACAUCGACCAGAAGUCAUCCGUGGACUUCAGGACGGCAGUGAGGGCUAUCGUGUCCUGUCUGCCUAAUGUGUUUGUGGCCAGUAAGUUAGAGAGUGUGGUAUACGCCUCCUGGUCCAGAGUGCAGGCUGAUCUGAACUGUAUGGAGGAUCUCCUGAAGUCACCUGUCCAGUGGAGGUACCUGAUCAACACCUGUGGAACAGACUUCCCCAUUAAGACCAACGCUGAGAUGGUUCAGGCCCUCAAGCUGCAGAACGGGAGGAACAGCCUGGAGUCAGAGACCACCGAGGACUAUAAAAACAGCAGAUGGCAGUUUCACCACAAAAUCACAAACAACAUGGUGGUCAAGACGAACGUUAGGAAGAGCCCUCCUCCAAUCAGCACCCCCAUGUUCUCUGGCAACGCCUACUUCCUGGUGUCCAGGGCCUUCGUCCGUCACGUGAUGGAGUCUCAGGAGGUCCGGGCGCUGUUGGAGUGGGAGAAGGACACCUACAGUCCUGAUGAACACCUGUGGGCCACCCUGCAGCGCAUGCCCUCUGUGCCAGGGUCUAACCCUCCGCACAUCAAGUACCAAGAAUCAGACAUGAACGCCAUUGCUCGCAUCGUGAAGUGGCGUUCCCUGGAAGGAGAUGUGAGGAACGGAGCCCCAUAUCCACCCUGCUCGGGUGUCUACAGGAGGUCCGUUUGUGUCUACGGGGCUGGAGAUCUCCGGUGGCUCCUACAACAUCGCCACCUCAUCGCUAACAAGUUUGACCCUGAGGUGGAUGAUGUGGCGAUCAGGUGUCUGGAGUCGUACCUGCGCUUUAAAGCUACAUACCGUGUCUCACCAAGGACAGUCUGA